AUGGAAACUACUAGCACCCCCGAAGCCUCGACAAGCCAUGCGGACACUCUCUUGGCCGGCGUUGACUCCAAGGUACUCGUCAACGCAAACACCAUCUCGCAGUGGCUGUUGAGCCAGCCCGAUAACCUCCGGCCUCGAAUCGCCCAGGAAUUAUUCGAGAAGCUCUUGCGAGAUGCAUCGCAGUCUCGCCAAUACAAUGCCACUGGCCACGCCUGUGUCAAGCUCUGCAGCUUUGUUCAGCAGUGUGCCAAGUCGAGUGACGAGGCGUUGAAGCAAUGGGCUUUCACCGAAACCCUGUCCAAGAGGCUCUUCCACUUUUACUUGGAGUGGUAUGAGCACGACCCCCACCGGGCCUUGAGACUGACCCUGGAUAUACUUGUCAUGACUUCAACUCUCAACCCCAGCCCUCAAACCGGCCAGGCAAUCAAGGGACAUGUUGUCGAGACACUUGUGGCCAUUGUUGCACGGAGAUCGACACGGCAGCUGACCAAAUCAGGCCUGCAAUGUCUUGACCAUCUCCUGAGCAAGCGUGCCGUUAGUCUCGAUGAGAUCGGCCGCAACUACUCCGAGACUCAGCCAUCGAUGGCUGGCGUGCCAGAGCUUUACUUGUGGAGAUCGUUUGUUUUCUACCUGUUUUCCUGGAUGGAGGUUACCUAUGUCUCCCCGCUUGCCGGAAAGUGCGUUGUUCACAUAUUCCGCGGACUGGAAACCGCGGCACCACAGACGGACUCGGUUUUCACUGCCGAGCUCUGGCAACGCUGGCUUCAAGAUGCCUGCAUCAAAAACCCGGCCAUUAUGGACGACACAAGGAAUUAUAUCCUAGUUCCUGUCUUCAAGACAGACAGAGCUGCCUCUCUCAGGCUAUUGCAAGCCUUCAUCAAGAGGGACCCACUAACGGCCGUUGAGCACAGGUUAGGGGACCAAACACUCCUACUCCAGUUGGCAACGCUAGAACUGGGGAAGAGAUUUGGUCUAGUCGAGGAGCCUAGUGACGGCGUCUCGCAGCCUCUGGCACACAUUUCGCUCCAAGAGACUGUCUUGGACAAUCUUCUCACCUACCCUUCGCCGUCUGUUAGGUCCAGCGCUUUCUCCUUGCUCAUUUCAUCCCAGGCGACAACAAAGCCCUUUUCUCAGGUUGCAUUCAGCCUGCUCAAAAGACACAUUGCCGCAUUCCAUGCCGACUAUGACGCCAAAUUUCGCAACGAGAUGCUCAGUCUUUCCAAGUCUCUGAUCCGGAGGGUGAAAAAUGUUCUUUCAGUUGCUCAGAGGAGUCUUUCACGGCCCGCUCAUCUCCGUACUCGGGAGAUUAACGCAGAUGCCACGGUGCCGUCGCCUAAGAAACGAUUUGGCCCAGAGGCCGCCCUGAAGGAUGAGGCCGAAGCGCACGAGAUUAUCAACCGCCACGAAGCAUUUCUAAGGUGGUAUAUUGAUUUUCUAAAAGGCGAACUCUUACCCACUGCAUCAUACCAGCGCCAUAUUACAGCCAUCAGAGCAGCGCUUUUGGUUCUGAAAGUUGGCAAGCACGCUGGAGCUUCCGAUGAUGGCGUCGAUAUCGAUGUCGCCCGGAUAAUAGCAUUCGAUGCCACCUGGAUUCGCCUUCUUGUUGAUCUUACACUGGACCCGUUCGACGAUGUUAGGGACGGCGCGACUACGCUCCUAGCCCUAUUCCCCCAGGAAAUAGUGAAGGCCCCUUCGGCGUUUGCCAGAGACUCGGGAACUCUUCUCGACAUAUUGGAAGAAUUCUCCCUUAAAGCCCAGGCACUCGCAAACAGGACAGGGAGGGCUGACCACGGAGACGGGGUAGCCCGUUCUCAGGGUCUCUUUGCUACUUGGUUGGACAACCCAGAAUCUCAGAUUGCUUUUUCUUCAAAAUUAAUUCAAGGCCUCGAAGGCAAGAUUUUAAAAGCAGAACAGGAUUUAGGCCACGCAGCUAUUGAAAGUCCGGUGCACGCAGACUUUGCCUCAAUUAGCUAUGUUUGGCAGGUUUUAGCCAGGACCACGUACUCUGACGACCAUCUGAAAGUUGUCCAUCAGCUCCAUCGCCGAAUUGUUGACUGCUCCAAGCGUAUCUGGCUGGCGGUGAAGCAUGUUCUUUGCGAUGACUCCCCAGAAGGUCACCUACCUGAAGAAUUAGAAGACAUCGAAGGGCUCGACACCAAGGAUCUGUUGAGUUACAGUUUCCGCGCGGUCCAUGAAUCGAGCAAUCUCCUUCGCUUGAUUGUAGGGACGCUGAGGCUCAAACGGGCUCCUGGAGCGCCUUUCCCAACACCUGACGUCUUUAAGGAUGCGGGCUACUUGACAUUUGAACAACUCGCCAGCCUGCGACAUCGCGGGGCAUUCUCCACAGUAUCACUUACCUUCGCCACAUACUGCCAGCUCACUCAGAACCUGCGCGAUGCUUUUCCAGAAGUCGAAGGCCUGGAUGGCUUACUCCACGAAUGGUACCAGGGAACCAUCACCUGCAUUAUGACACAGGCCUCAACGACACGUCGGUCGGCAGGGAUUCCGUCUCUCAUUGCUGCGAUUUUGUUAGCCAAUGUGCAAUCACCCUCAUUCGGCGAGGUUUUCAACACGCUUGGGGAAAUCGGCAAGAAAACUGUUCGCCUUUCAGAGACGGACGGAUCAAAUCUGCCCCAAGUGCACGCUUUGAACUGUUUGAGGGAAAUUUUCAGAAGCUCUGUGUUGAGCAAGAAGGCCGAGAGUUACCUGGGGAUGGCCUUGAAUCUUGCAGCAAACAGCCUCAAAUCUGAAGUUUGGGCAAUUCGAAACUGCGGGUUACUUCUACUCAGAAGCCUCAUCGACUGCCUCUUGGGUACUGGAGAGAGCAAGGCCAUCAUAGAGUCUGGGUGGGAUGGCCACUCGGUUCGGAUCUCUUAUAAGAAAUACCCCACACUGCCAGGAGUUAUCUUAGGACUUCUACAGUCGGUAGACGGUGUUCUCGACGUAGUAUCCCAGUCUGGCGCAGCAGAGGCGGUAUUCCCUGCACUCGACAUCAUCCGCCGCGCAGGUCCUCCUGAAGAACACCGCGCCGAACUGCGGAAGCACAUCGAGGGAUACCUCGGCAGCCGUAUUUGGCAUGUCCGGGAGAUAGCCGCCAAAACCCUGUGCUCUUUUCUGCUGCAGGAAGACUGGAUUACGGAGGUUGAAAGUCUUCUCGGUCAAUUUGAGAAGCAUGCGAACGGACUUCACGGCACCCUUCUCGCUGCUAGGUUUGUUCUUGAACGGAAAGCAGAUCUGGGGCAUCAUGUUAAAUCCGACUCAACGCGAGUGAAGCAGGUUCUACAAGGGCAUUUCCAAUCGUCUGGAUUGUUUCAGAACUGUCCAGAAAUUGAAGCAGCUUACCUUGAGAUCACGAACUUGCUCACCAGUCUCGACUUGGACAAAGAACAAGCAGAUAAAGCCGCUUCGUAUACCAUGCUACCUGUAUAUACGGAUUCAAGCUCGCCAAAGCACCACAGUUCUUCAGCCUUACUCGACAUGCAGAUAUCGAUGAAGGUUGUCUAUGACACCGCAGCAUUGGCCGACGUGGAUAAGUUGCGAUCAUGCUUGUCAGAUACACUAAAGAGAGAUAUCAACACCGCAACGAGAAUGCUUGAAACAAUCCCUUCGGCAUGGGGAUCCGUGCAAGGUGGCAAGGCUAAAGCAGAACUUUGCGCCAUGUACGCGAGCAUCUGCAAACUCCCAGGGGCCACGGAAGCCCGCACACAGGCCUUGUUGAAUCUUGGAUCAGUGGUAGACGAUUCCCUCAGCAACCAUGACGUCCAGGAUUUGCCGAGCUUGGCCAAACUUGACAUGUUGUGGGAUCAUCUUCUGGAAGAAGAGAUAAAUCCUACUUUGUCGUGUGCAAUAAUCACGACGAGCGGGUCUCUAAUGGCAGCGUCUUUAUCACUACCUAGCGACUUAGACAACACUGCAAAGGUAGACCAGCGGUUGAUGAGUUGGGGAGAGUUGAUAGCCGACGCCUUGGACGCGGACAAUGCAUUCGACACGAGGUUUGCCGCAGCAAUGGCACUAAGGUCUUUCUUCCUUGACUCCCGACGUCAUAGUUGGAACUCCAAGUAUCUGCCCGUUUUGUCGGCCCUCUACGAUGCCCUUAUUGACGACGAUGACGAGGUCAGAGAGGUUGCAGCCAGUGCCGCUACAGGCAUCAUUGGUACCUACAUGCUGGCACCGACGGCAGCCGACCGUCUUGUUGUGUGGUUGCGAGAGCACUUUAGGGAGCGAGAAGAGUUCAGAUCACUUGUGAUAUGCAGGAUGACUGGUCACACACCUCAUCUGAGGGACAUCGAAAUGAUCCCAGCCGACCAACAGCUAAUUAAGACCAUGGACUUCGACGACUCUCUAUUUGCAGCCGAAGAGCAGAACCUUUUCAUUGACGAAGUCAAAGAGACCAUGAGAUGGCGACAAGCCUUAUAUGAUUUUGGGCAGUGGAAGGGAGAUGCACCAUUCGAAAACCUUGUACAAUGGACAGACUCCGGACUAGCAUAUCUAAUACAGCUCUCGGAGAAAGAGGACGGGCCCUUGGGCUGGACCUCUGACCAGCACGUGUUCGCAGUAUGCGCCCGCGUUCUGCUUAGUGCCGUUGCAAUUACUGCUGCCGGCAAAGUCUCGACAACCAAGAGUCUGUUGGAACAGUUCAAGCAUGUCGGAACCAGAGCAAGGAUUCACGGGUCACUUCUAGAGAUGGCGUUGUCGGAGGCCGACAUUUAG